AUGUUCCGUCAGGCUUGGAGACGGUAUGCAACAUAUAACCGGUUUAAGAACUCGCCGCCACCAAUCAAUGUGAACUUCGUAGUUAGCCUUCUUUCUACGCGGAGGGCAGCUUAUGUUGGCGGAGGAUUAGCGGCCUUCUAUGUAUAUAAUUUAGAUAGAGCUCCAUAUUCUGGAAGAUUAAGAUGUUUGUGGGUUCCAGAUCAAGCCGUGAAGUUAAUUGGAGAUUUGGAAGAGAAUAAUAUGCUUCAAUCAUUUAAAGGAUCUAUUCUUCCUAAAUCCAAUCCACUUCAAUAUAGAAUCUCAAAGAUCAUGAAUCGAUUAUUGGCUAGUGCACUUGAAUCCCUGCCAACCCCUGAAAGAAGAAGGUACUUGGAACUGUUACCCUGGGAGAUCCAUAUUAUCAAUGAUAAUCUGCUUCCACCCAAUGCAUUUGUAUUACCCAAUGGGAAGAUUUAUGUUAUAUCCAGUAUACUUCCCAUUGCUGAAAAUGAUAGUGGUAUUGCCACAGUAUUAGGACACGAAUUGGCUCAUUUGUUAGCACUGCACUCUAGUGAAGCAUUACUGAAGAAACCAGUACAAAUCCUUGUGUCUUCGUUACUUUAUUUGGCCACGGGGUCUUCAUUAGUAAGUAAUCUAUUCACGGGGGUUCUUUUAUCUCAACCAGCUUCAAGAGCUCAAGAAACAGAAGCUGAUCGAAUUGGAUGCGAAUUAAUGGCAAUGCUGUGUUUCAAUUUGAACGAACUGACAAAGUUCUGGAAAAGAAUGAGUGAUUAUGAAAGGGCUCACGGCUCUGUAGAUAACGCAUUGACUAAUAUGCUUUCUACUCAUCCAGCUUCUAAAAAGAGAGUUGAAGAUAUCCAACUGUGGAUGCCUCACCUCAGAGAAGUGGAAGAGAAAAGCGGUUGUAAUCAACAUCUCUUUGAACGCUUUAAUAAAGUGCAGUAUAACUUCUUUAAGUAA